AUGCACGCCGAGGAGCGAUCACAAGCCAUUGAUCGAGCUCUCGAGGAGGAUGCGAAGGUUCGCAAAACCCAGACUAAUGUCUUGCCACUUGGUGCCUUUUCGAUGAGGGACAUUGCCAAACAGCUGAAGAACAACGAUGAAACUGGGCUCACAGAAAACGAGCUGAUCGAUUAUCGGUAUAAUAUCCACCAAUGUGUUGUUGACUGCAUUAAGACACUGGUGCAUUUGAUGAAGAGCUCUGAAGCUCAGCUGGAAGAAGACACAAGAAAUCGCUACAGCUAUCUGUGCGAUUUCAUCGCGGUUUCUCAGGGUGAUGCACCACUCAACGAGGAAGCUGGCCGGACGAUUGGGGUCUUAUGGAAAGACCCAUCCAUCACCGAUGCCUUUCAAUCCAGCGCCGACUCUGAUCUGAAAGAACCAUCUACAUACUUCUUUCGGGAAAUUGGUAGAAUUGCCGCAUCGAAUUACGUACCAACAGAAGCCGAUAUAGUGCAAUCCCACAAGGGUAUUCGUGGCAUCUCGGAGCAUCGAUUCAAUGUCAAUGGAUUAUCAAUAAACCUUAUCGACGUUGGCACUCAAAGAUGCGAGAGGCGGAAGUGGAUACGCCAAUUCGACAACGUCGCUGCGAUCCUCUUCGUGGUCGAUCUGCCAUGCUACGAUCAAGAGGCGUCGGGCAAUAACGCAAUGGCAGAACAGAUAGAGCUUUUCGACAACGUGGUGAACACCGAAUGGUUCACAGAUACAGAGUUCAUCCUCUUUCUUAACAACAUCAGUGCGUUCCGACAGAAGCUAUCCCAUAAGCCUCUUGGGAACUAUUUUCCAGAUUACUCUGGUGGCACCGAUGCCGAAAAGGCCAGCGGGUAUCUGCUUCAGCGCUUUAGCCAGGUCAAUCGUGGCAAACGAAGGCUCUAUUCACACCUGGUCGACCCUCACAUUGCCUCGAACAUUGAGCUGGUGGCGACUGCGAUCAAUGACAGUAGCCAUUGA